AUGGAAACAACAACAACUUGUGUCGAUUCUUCCAUCAUUCGUGAUUCCAUCGUGUAUGCCAAAAAGAAGUUGGGAAUAUCAACUCUCAAGCCACAGCAGGAGAAAGCAUUUGAAUCUAUGUUAAGAGGGCACGAUGUUUUCAUGGGGUUACCAACAGGUUAUGGGAAGAGCGUUGUUUUCCAAGGAGCGGCAUUCUGUAGCGAAUACAUCAAGAGAAUUCAAGAGAAGGACGACAGUAAUUUUGUGGUUGUUGUCAUGCCACUGAAGGCCCUUAUUAAAGAUCAACUGACCAGAGCUGGUGAACUUGGCAUUGCUGCGGCUGACAUAAGUAGUGGACUGACCGAUGAACUUAGAGAGCAAAUAUCGGGUCAGGCAUCAGGGAAGACACAAGCUUUCUGUGGAAGUUACGGCCAACUCGGAGAGAUACGGUCAACACUACCAUCAGUCCCUGUCAUUGCUAUGACAGCAACGGCAACAACAGAGGCAAGGAAGCAAAUUACACACAGCUUGGCCAUGAGGAACUAUGCCACUAUCGUGGAGUCUCCAGAUAAACCCAAUUGA